CCGCGGCUGAGCCUGACGCGGCGGCCGCUCUCAGUCUCCAGCGCGCGUCUCUCCUCGCUAGAUGGUGCGCGAGCCACCCGGGGAUAGACGCGUUCCGGGCUCGGCCAAAAGCACCCAGGCGAGGCAGAAGCCCGCCAGUGCCUUGGCUGCCUGGCUGGAGCGAAGGCUCGUCACGCGUACCGGGGGCUGGGGAGUGAGAGGAGCUGGAAGCGGAGCGAGAGCGGCCCGGAGCAGGGAUGGACAUGAUGCUGUUGGUGCAGGGUGCUUGUUGCUCAAACCAGUGGCUGGCCGCUGUGCUCCUCAGCCUGUGCUGCUUGUUGCCCUCCUGCCUCCCAGCCGGACAGAGUAUGGACUUCCCUGGGGCAGCUGUGGACAACCUGGUGGUCCGAAAAGGGGACACGGCCGUGCUUAGGUGUUAUUUGGAAGAUGGAGCUUCAAAAGGUGCCUGGCUGAACCGGUCAAGUAUUAUUUUUGCAGGAGGUGAUAAGUGGUCAGUAGAUCCUCGAGUUUCAAUUGCAACAGCAAAUAAAAGGGAAUACAGCCUACAGAUACAGGAUGUAGAUGUGACAGAUGACGGUCCAUACACUUGUUCUGUGCAGACCCAACACACUCCGAGAACAAUGCAGGUGCACUUAACUGUACAAGUUUCUCCAAAGAUAUCUCGUAUUUCAACUGACAUUGUUGUGAAUGAAGGAAGCAAUGUUACACUUACUUGCUUGGCCAGUGGGAAACCAGAGCCUUCCAUUUCUUGGAGACAUAUAUCUCCAUCAGCAAAACCAUUUGAAAAUGGACAAUAUCUGGACAUCUAUGGAAUUACAAGAGACCAGGCUGGGGAAUAUGAAUGCAGUGCAGAAAAUGAUGUCUCAGUCCCAGAUGUGAAAAAAGUAAAAGUCACAGUAAACUUCGCCCCCACAAUUCAGGAACUUAAAUCCAGUGGUGGGAUGCUAGGAGGUAAUGGACUGAUAAGAUGUGAAAGUGCAGGAGUUCCUGCUCCAGUCUUUGAGUGGUACAAAGGAGAGAGAAAACUGAUCAAUGGUAAACAUGGAAUUACUAUUAAAAACUAUAGUACAAGAUCACUUCUCACUGUCACCAAUGUAACAGAGGAGCAUUUCGGCAACUACACAUGUGUCGCUGCCAACAAGCUGGGGGUGACCAAUGCCAGCCUCCCUCUCAACCAAUAAACACUGAAAAAGAACCAGCACUUCCUCUUCAAGAACACGGAGAAACAAGAAAGCAAUCCGAUUAGUGCUGGAAGAUUGAGCUGAUCCUCCUCUGUAUGUCAGACUUCUCUAGUUUCUCCUGGUAGAUCAUGACCCAAAUCUUAAAUUUCUUGGAUCUGCAUUGUUCUCUCUCUUCUUUCAUCAAUAACAUUUGAAGAUGGGGAAAAAAGCUGGAGAACUCAUUUAGGGAAUACAUGAUAGUGUAUGGUGGUUAAAUGUUCCAACAGCAUGUGUCCGUGUGAUGGGGUUGGGACUCACCACUGCAGCGCCUCCUAUUGGUAACUCCUGGGAAUUAGCUCAGUUCAUGCAGAGCGCCCUCUGCCAGUGGUAUCCCGUCGGUGUCUUGCCCUUGAUUGGCUUCUCGACCCAUGUUGCUCCCAGCUCACGGUGUCCUCUUCAGGACACUGCCCUCCUGCAGUGCCCUCAAGUCCAUACUCUUCCCCCUUCUAUGGGGAGCGGGGGUUAAUAGCAGUCUUUUCGCUUCACCCCAGCCGCAGUGGCCAACCACAUCCUCAAAGUCUAACCCCUUCUGUCAGGGGUCGGGUGCAGUCUGCUAUGGUCACUCCUAACGGCCGGGUGUAGUACAAGGGGAAAGGGGGGGACGCAGGCCCACUCUCUACUCUGGGUCCCAGCCCAGGAGACCUCUGGUGGCAGCCUCCGUGCCCUCCUUCGCUCCCCUUGUUCACCUCUCCUCCCUGGGCUGCUUCCCCUUCAGCCCGCUUGCCCCUUGUGGGCCCUUCUAUCAGGGCCUGCAGCCUGGUGGGUAUUGGGCUGGAGCUCUCCUCAGCUCCCCCAAGCCUGCCCAGAGCUGCGCUGCGCUCAGGAGACAGACCUUCUUCCCUGAAGGUCUGAGAGAGACUGCCUGCUCCCUUCCUGGGCAGCCUUUAUAUAGAACCUAGCCUAGCCCUGAUUGGCUGGCUGUAACACUGGCCCCAUUGGCUCUCUAACAGGCCCUCCCGGAUUGGCUGCCACCUUGUGCAGCUGCUCUGGCCUGUUGUAGCCCAAUCUGGCAUGGGGGGGGCACUGCCCCACCACAGUCUGGUAUGGGAAGUCAUUCUAAAUGAGUGGCAAUAAAACCUUUAGAUCACACCAGGACUGUCUCAUUUCACACAUGAAUAUGCGUAUCUCUGGUGCUGAAUAAAUAAUUGUCUUACAGCAAUAGAGAAGUUCAUUAAAUAAUAUAAAUGACUUUAUCUUGCUUUUAAAAGCAGAUUCUUCUUUUUGUAUAAGUUCCACCCCCUUUUGAUGCACCAUAUUAAGAAACUGGUACCACUGUUGAUAAAUUGGGCAAAAAUAUUUGCAAGAAUUAGAAGUACAAACUUAGAUUGUAGGAUUUUUCUCUUCUAUAGGUAAAAAUUUACCUGCAGAAAUACAGAGUACAACAUUUUUGUAACUGGGAACUGACGUUUUCUGUAUUAAGAAAUAUUAUUUCUUAUAAAAAUCAUAUUUCUACAAAUUGUUUACCAUUGGGAUAACCUGCUACUGAAAUAGUUGUAUUCUACACAGUACCGAAAUGGUAUCCUGAAGAACACUGGUAUCACUCUUUGUCCCACAGUAUUAUAAUUACAUUGUGUUGUGCAAAAUAUAUGUAGCUGGUCAACCUCAGCUCAUGUACAUGAAAGUCUGAAUAAAUUGUCUCCCAGGUGU